CUUAGUAUAACAUCAAAUCAAAAACAAAACAAAGAAGAAACACAUUCAUAAAUUCAUAGAAAGAAACAAAUAGAUAUACAAUAUGGCUGGAAUCAUGAACAAGAUUGGUGAUGCCCUUCACAUAGGAGGAGACAAGAAAGAGGGAGAACACAAAGGAGAACAACAUGGACAUGUAGGAGGAGAACACCACGGUGAGUACAAAGGAGAACAACAUGGAUUUGUAGGAGGACAUGGUGGUGAGCACAAAGGAGAGCAACAUGGAUUUGGUCAUGGAGACCACAAGGAAGGACACCAUGGGGAAGAGCACAAGGAGGGAUUUGUUGACAAGAUCAAGGACAAGAUUCAUGGUGAAGGUGCAGAUGGUGAAAAGAAAAAGAAGAAGGAGAAGAAGAAACAUGGAGAGGGUCAUGAACAUGGUCAUGAUAGCAGCAGCAGUGACAGUGAUUAGAUCUUAAUUUCACUGCUUCAUCAUGUUGAGAGGUGAAUGGAGUCAUAUGUGACGGCUAUCUCCUAUGUUUUAAUUUCUUGUUUUAAUAUCUAUGUAUGUGUGUGGAAACAAAUACGUGUUCGUAGUUGGUAAUUCGAGUGCUUGUAAAAAUAAUAUGCGGUUAGAUUGGUUUGUAAAACCCCCACUGCUUUGUUAAUGUUUGGCUGUAUAUUAUCGUAAAGAAAUUAUAAGGAUUUCUAUUAUUAGUAAGUA